CACGCAGAGAAAGAAAGAAAGAGAAACGAAAAAGAUUCAGAAAGACACUCACUCUUUCUCUCUCUACUUUCUCUCUCAUCUCUACGUUUCUCUGCGUCUCUUCCCUCUACUAACGCCUUUACAGCUUUUACGUUUUGAGCUUUUGCUAAGAGGAGAAAGCUUCAAGUCUUGCAUUGCUCUCUGUGAUUAUUUAAUUAGUGGAGCAAAGUUUGAAUUUUUGUGAUGGAAAUAUAAUCUUUUGUUUCUUAAUUGGGUUAUGAGUUGGUGUAGAAGACAGGAUUUUGCCUAAGUAGAAGGAGGGAGCUCUCUGGCACUUGCAUUGUUUGGCUAGAUGUCAAAGUCUCCCUCCUUUCAUGCGCGAGAGAAAUCCUCAUCUACUUCUCCAUCCAGGGGAUCAAAUGGGACGCCAGAAAAGGAUGAUCCAGAGAAUACAGUGGCUACGGUUGCUCGCUUUGUUGAGAAGCUACAUGCCAAAAUCUCUUCACCGCAUGAGAAAGAACUUAUUACGGCACGUCUACAGAGUCUGGCUAAAGCAAACAAAGAGGCAAGGACAGUCAUUGGUUCUCAUGUACAGGCAAUGCCAUUGUUCAUAUCCAUUCUCAGGAGUGGCACUCCUGGGGCAAAAGUUUAUGUUGCUGGAAUUCUAAGUGUUCUAUGCAAAGAAGAUGACCUACGACUGAAGGUACUUCUUGGUGGUUGCAUCCCGCCUCUACUCUCACUUUUGAAGUCUGAAGCAAUUGAUGCAAGGAAGGCAGCAGCUGAAGCAAUAUAUGAAGUUUCUUCUGGGGGCCUUUCAGAUGACCAUGUUGGUAUAAAAAUAUUUGUUACAGAAGGUGUAGUACCAACCUUAUGGGAUCAACUCAAUCCACAGAAUAAUCAGGACAAAGUGGUAGAGGGAUUCGUUACUGGGGCAUUGAGAAACCUUUGUGGUGACAAAGAUGAUUAUUGGAGAGCAACACUUGAGGCUGGCGGAGUAGAUAUCAUUGUGGGACUUCUGUCAUCUGAUAAUGCAGCUGCGCAGUCCAAUGCAGCUUCUCUCUUGGCCCGACUAAUGCUGGCUUUCAGUGAUAGUAUUCCCAAAGUGAUUGAUUCUGGAGCCAUUAAAGCUUUGCUUCAGCUUGUGGGUCAGAACAAUGAUAUUUCAGUCCGUGCUAGUGCCGCUGAUGCUUUGGAGAUCCUUUCUUCGAGGUCAAUAAAGGCUAAGAAAGCAGUUGUAGAUGCUAAUGGUGUUCAUGUGCUCAUUGGGGCUGUAGUGUCUCCUUCUAAAGAGUGCAUGCAAGGGGAAUCUGCCCAGGCUCUGCAGGGCCAUUCAACACGAGCUUUAGCAAAUAUCUGCGGUGGGAUGUCUGCUUUGAUACUGUAUCUUGGAGAACUAUCGCACUCCCCUCGCCUGGCUGAACCAAUUGCUGAUAUAAUUGGAGCACUUGCCUAUGCUUUGAUGGUCUUUGAACAAGAUCGUGGCAUUGACGAGGAAAACUUUGAUGCAACAAAUAUUGAAAACAUAUUGGUAAAGCUUUUGAAACCUCGUGAUACUAAGCUGAUCCAGGAGCGCAUCCUUGAGGCUAUGGCAAGUCUGUAUGGCAAUGUCCACCUCUCAAGAUCCCUUAAUCAUGCAGAAGCAAAGAAGGUUCUCAUCGGACUUAUAACUAUGGCUGUUGCGGAUGCAAAAGAGUCUCUGAUAAUUUAUUUAACCAACUUAUGCCGUGAUGGGGUAGGCAUCUGGGAAGCCAUUGGCAAGAGAGAAGGAAUUCAGUUGCUCAUAUCAUUAUUGGGUUUGUCCAGCGAGCAGCAUCAAGAGUAUGCUGUUCAGUUGCUAGCUAUUUUGACUGACCAAGUUGACGACAGCAAGUGGGCUAUCACUGCUGCUGGUGGGAUUCCUCCGUUGGUACAAUUAUUAGAGACAGGAUCUCAGAGGGCAAGGGAGGAUGCAGCACAUGUUCUUUGGAACUUGUGUUGUCACAGUGAAGAUAUCCGGGCCUGUGUUGAGAGUGCAGGAGCUGUGCCAGCACUUUUAUGGCUUCUAAGAAGUGGUGAACUGAAAGGUCAAGAGGCCUCGGUCAAGGCACUUAAAACGCUUGUCCGAACAGCUGAUUCUGCCACCAUCAAUCAGCUGUUAGCUCUGCUCCUUGGGGACUCUUCUGGCUCAAAGGCCUACAUAAUAAGAGUUCUAGGCCAUGUACUUACAAUGACACCACUCAAGGAUCUUGUGCACAGGGGAUCUGCUGCAAAUAAAGCAUUGAAAUCUCUUAUCCAGGUUCUCAACUCCUCAAAUGAGGAAACUCAAGAGUAUGCAGCUUCUAUUCUUGCUGAUCUAUUCAGCACAAGACAGGAUAUUUGUGAUAGUCUUGCAACUGAUGAAAUUCUUCAUCCUUGCAUGAAGCUUUUGACAGGUAAUAAUACUCAAGUUGUCGCGACGCAGUUGGCUCGAGCAUUGAGUGCUUUGUCUCGCUCAACCAAGACAAAAACUACCAACAAGAUGCCCUAUAUUGCAGAAGGGGAUGUCAAACCUUUAAUUAAGUUAGCUAAGACUUCUUCCAUCGAUGCUGCUGAAACUGCAGUUGCCGCACUGGCUAAUAUUCUCUCUGAUCCCCAGAUUGCUGCUGAAGCUCUGGCUGAAGAUGUUGUUACAGCAUUGACAAGAGUCCUUGGGGAAGGAACUUCAGAAGGUAAGAAGAACGCCUCACGUGCCCUUCAUCAAUUAUUGAAGCAUUUCCCAGUGGGUGAUGUACUUAAGGGAAAUGCUCAGUGUCGUUUUACUGUUCUUGCAAUUCUUGAUUCCUUGAAUGCCAUGGACAUGCAUGGCAUUGAUACUGUUGAUGCUUUAGAAGUAGUUGCACUCUUGGCCAGGACAAAACAGGGUGCUAGUGUCGCUUACCCCCCAUGGGCUGCCCUUGCUGAAGUACCCUCUAGCUUAGAGUCUUUAGUAUACUGCCUGGCUGAGGGGGCCCCUCUGCUGCAAGAUAAGGCAAUAGAGAUCCUAUCUCGGCUUUGCGGGGAACAACCGGCUGUCUUAGGUGAUCUGUUAAUUGCAAGAGCAAGAUCUAUUGGUUCUCUUGCUAAUAGAAUUAUGAACUCAUCCACUUUAGAAGUGAGGAUUGGAGGGACUGCAUUGUUGAUAUGUGCUGCAAAAGAACACAAACAGCAGUCUAUGGAAGCACUUGAUUUAUCAGGAUAUUUGAAGCCUCUCAUAUAUGCGUUAGUUGAUAUGAUAAAGCAGAAUUCUGGCUCUUUGUCUUUAGAAAUCGAAGUCAGAGCUCCAAGAGGGUUUUUGAAAAGACCAUCUUUCGAGGAAGGCGAUGAGUUUGAUGUUCUUGAUCCAGCCACCCUUUUAGGAGGUACUAUUGCCCUAUGGUUGCUAUCAAUAAUUUCUUCUUUUCAUGCUAAGCACAAGCUCAUCGUAAUGGAAGCGGGUGGACUUGAGGCUUUCUCGAGCAAGCUUUCAAGUUAUACAUCUAAUACACAGGCAGACUACGAGGAUACAGAAGGUAUAUGGAUCAGUGCCUUGUUCCUGGCUAUCUUAUUCCAAGAUGCAACUAUUGUUCUGUCUCCUACAACAAUGAGGAUUAUACCAUCACUUGCUCAUUUGCUAAGAUCUGAUGAAAUGAUUGACAGAUUUUUUGCUGCCCAAGCAAUGGCCAGCCUUGUUUGUAAUGGAAGCAAGGGAAUAAUUCUCACAAUCGCAAAUUCAGGUGCUGUUGCUGGGUUGAUAACACUAAUUGGUUACAUGGAAUCAGAUAUUCCAAAUCUUGUUGCAUUAUCAGAAGAGUUUUGUCUCCCAAGAAAUCCUGGUCAAAUUAUUCUAGAGCACCUUUUUGAAAUUGAAGAUGUAAGGGCUGGCUCCACUGCACGCAAAUCUAUUCCUUUGCUGGUGGAUCUCUUGAGACCUAUCCCAGAUAGGCCAGAUGCCCCUCCAAUUGCUGUUCAACUCUUAACUCGUAUUGCAAACGGUAGCGACACAAAUAAGCUAAUCAUGGCUGAAGCUGGAGCUCUGGAUGCUUUAACGAAAUAUUUGUCCUUGAGUCCUAAAGACUCCACAGAGGCAUCUAUUUCUGAGCUAUUUAGAAUCCUGUUCAGUAAUUCUGAAAUCAUUAGAUAUGAUGCGUGCCUUAGUUCCUUGAAUCAACUCAUAGCGGUUCUUCAUCUGGGGUCAAGAGAUGCUAGAUUAAGUGCUGCAAGGGCUCUUCGUGAGCUUUUUAAGGCCGACCACAUCAGAGACUCUGAAUUAGCCUGGCAGGCUUUUCCGCCAUUAAUUGACAUGCUUAAUGCUAUAUCAGAGAGUGAGCAAGAGGCUGCUCUUGUUGCCUUGAUCAAACUGACUUCAGAAAAUGCUUUAAAGGCAGCCUUAUUCACUGAAUUGGAAGGUGAUCCACUUGAAACAUUAUACAAAAUAUUAUCUUCUGCAUCUUCGUUGGAUUUGAAGAGAGAUGCUGCACAGCUUUGCUUUAUUUUGUUUACUAAUGCUAAAUUCAGAGCAAAUCCAAUUGCCUUGGGGUGCAUGCAGCCUCUCAUAUCUCUUAUGCAGUCUAAUACAAGUUCAGUUGUGGAGGCUGGUGUUUGUGCUUUUGAGAGAUUGUUAGAUGAUGAACAGCUGGCAGAGCAUGCAGCAGGUUAUGAUAUUCUUGUGGAUCUUCUCGUUGGAUUGGUUUGUGGGACAAAUUAUCGACUUAUUGAAGGUAGCAUCAGUGCUCUAAUAAAGUUGGGGAAAGACCGGGCCCAGCGGAAAUUGGAAAUGGUCAAAGCCGGUGUUAUAGAUAGAUGUCUUCUACUACUCCCUGUUGCCCCCAGUUCAUUAUGCUCUGCAAUUGCAGAAUUGUUCCGCAUUUUGACAAAUAGUGGCGCAAUUGCUAGAAGUUCAGAUGCUGCGAACAUAGUAGAACCACUUUUUAUGGUUUUGCUACGUCCAGAUUUUGGUUUGUGGGGACAGCAUAGUGCACUACAAGCACUUGUGAAUAUUCUGGAGAAGCCACAGAGCCUUCUAACAUUGAAACUUACUCCCAGCCAGGUGAUCGAGCCAUUAAUUACUUUUCUGGAAUCUCCAUCUCAAGCUAUUCAGCAGCUUGGCACAGAGUUACUAUCUCAUCUUCUUGCUCAGGAACAUUUUCAACAAGAUAUUACUACAAAAAAUGCAGUCAUGCCUCUUGUGCGGCUUGCAGGAAUCGGUAUAUUGAACCUUCAGCAAACAGCAAUAAAGGCACUGGAAAAGAUUUCUACAAGCUGGCCAAAGGUGGUUGCUGAUGCUGGAGGUAUUUUUGAGCUUGCGAAAGUUAUUAUUCAAGAUGAUCCUCAGCCACCUCUUGAGCUAUGGGAGACUGCUGCUUUGGUUUUAUCAAAUGUCCUGCGCUUCAACACAGAGUACUAUUUUAAGGUUCCUCUGGUGGUCCUUGUGAAAAUGUUGCACUCUGCACUUGAUAGCACUACUAGAUUGGCUCUUAAAGCUUUAAUUGUUCAUGAAGCGACUGACGCUUCAAGUGCAGAGCAAAUGGCUGAAGCUGGUGCUGUGGAUGCUUUAUUGGACCUGCUAAGAUCUCAUCAAUGUGAAGAGCUAUCGGGAAGAUUACUUGAAGCUUUGUUUAAUCAUGUUAGAGUGCGAGAGAUGAAGGUUUCGAAAUAUGCUAUUGCGCCUUUAUCACAGUAUUUGUUAGACCCACAAACUGGAUCAGAAACCUGCAGACUACUUGCUGCGCUAGCAAUUGGAGAUCUCUCUCAGCAGGAAGGGCUUGCUAGGGCCAGUGAUUCUGUUUCUGCAUGUCGGGCCCUGGUAAGCUUGCUUGAAGAUCAGCCAUCUGAAGAAAUGACAAUGGUGGCAGUUUGUGCAUUGCAGAAUUUUGUCAUGCACAGUCGGACUAACAGGAGAGCUGUUGCGGAAGCUGGUGGCAUUUUAAUUGUUCAGGAACUUCUACUGUCUCCUAGUGCUGAUGUUGCUGGGCAAGCAGCCAUGCUGAUCAGAUUCCUAUUUUCUAACCACACACUCCAAGAAUACGUGUCAAAUGAGCUCAUCAGAUCUUUGACAGCUGCGCUCGAGAGAGAAUUAUGGUCCACAGCAACCAUCAAUAUACAGGUUUUGAGAACCUUGAAUGUCAUAUUUACCAACUUUCCAAAGCUCCAUGUUUCUGAAGCAGCUACCCUGUGUAUUCCCUGCUUAAUAAAUGCACUCAAGUCAGGUAGUGAGGCUGCUCAGGAGUCUGUAUUGGACACGCUAUGCUUGUUAAAACAAUCAUGGUCUGCCAUGUCAAUAGAGAUUGCAAAAUCUCAAGCAAUGGUUGCAGCUGAAGCCAUUCCUAUCCUACAAACGCUCAUGAAAACUUGCCCACCAAGUUUCCAUGAGAGAGCAGACCUUUUGUUGCACUGCUUACCAGGGUGCUUAACUGUUACCAUUAAGCGUGGGAACAACCUUAAACAAACAAUGGGAAACACAAAUGCCUUCUGUAGAUUGACCAUAGGCAAUGGUCCUCCUCGGCAAACCAAGGUUGUGAGCCACAGUAUCUCUCCAGAAUGGAAAGAAGGAUUCACAUGGGCAUUCGAUGUGCCACCUAAGGGACAGAAGCUCCACAUAAUAUGCAAAAGUAAAAAUACUUUUGGCAAGUCAACUUUGGGUAGAGUGACCAUCCAAAUUGAUAAGGUCGUGACGGAAGGAGUAUACAGUGGACUAUUCAGCCUCAAUCAUGAUAAUAACAAAGAUGGCUCCUCCAGAACCCUUGAAAUUGAGAUUAUAUGGACUAACAGACAGCCGAAUGAUAGCCUGCAAAGUGGUAAUAGGGUAUUUGCACAUGAAACUGUAGGGAAAUCAGGUAAAGCAGCCAACUCAAAUGAAGGAGUGUCAUUUCAUAUUCAUCCCAUUCAAUGCGAUGAGAUGCAUGAAGCUGUCUUGCUUUAUGAAUUUACAUGUUUAGAAGAUCCAGUUUUGUAGAAACAAAACUCUUGCUCCCUGACAUGUAAAGUUUGGAACGUUCAUUAAUUUACAGAGGCAAAAUAGUCGAGGGUCAUUCCUACGGCAUAGGAAAAAGUGAAAAUUGUUUAGCAGAUCGUUGUACAGGUCAGUUUGUAGAAAUUUGCAAUUUAAAGAAUAUUAUAGAGAAAUAACGUUGAGAAAAGUAUUAAAUCAA